AAAAGGUGUGAACUUUGAAGCCAAACUGCAUUUACUAGUGUUUACCAACUCCUCUUGAGCCACUCACAAACCAUACCAAACAUACUUUCACUUUUCUUCUUCUCUCUCUUUCUUCUUCUUCUUCUCUUUUUCUUUAUAUCACCAACAAAGUUCAUACUUUUCAGAUACCCAUUUUCUCAUAAUGACCAACAAAUCUCCAGUUUUUCCAAUGCCAGACCCUCAACAUUUCAGUGACUAUGGCUUUGACCCUCAAAUAAACUAUUUUCAGGUGUUGGAAGAAGCCAUGAAGCACAAGCGUGAGACGGCGAGAUCCAUAGAUUCCAUCCACUUCAAGCUCCAAAAGCCCAUUUCCAAGGACGAAUCCCGUAGCAAAGCCCACAGGCCCAGGAAGAAGCGCUGGUGGAGAAGCGCCCUCCUCUUUUUCAAGUGGCGCUGGACCCAUCCCCGCGACAACGGCAUUGACCAAAACGACGUCCACCAGGCACGAGCCCGGGCUUUCCGGGCUUCCAUCUCGGGCCCCGUGUACUGGACCGAGAGCCGAAGCGGCUCCGCCACGCCCCUCCGCACUUCCAGCCGCCCUUCCUCCGGGCCGCUCGCCGGCACCCUCACGCCGCCGGCCAAGGAUGACGUGGACACGCCUUACAUAAGUCUAAGAGAACUCAACAUGGAACAACAACAUCAACUUCAGCGGAGGAUGUCUACCUCAGCCAUGCCCAUAUACUUGGUCACCUAGAAAACUUUCAGUGUUUCUUGUUUUUUCUUUGUUAUUAUAAUUUUUAACCUAAGCAAAGGUGUUUGUUUGUUUGAUUUGGGAUGGAUCAUCGUUUUGAUGUUUGUUUGUUGCUCCCUUUUAAUAUAUGCAACUGGUUUUGACCA